GGCCUCUGGGGCUCCUCACGCUCAUCUCCACACGACACAUUGAAGCCACCUUGUACCUUCGCAGUGCACCGGAGGAACUGGUGACCCUUGACAGCCAGACCAUGUCCCCACAAGCACUUUCCUGUCCCCAAUAAAAGCCCCAGCAGGAACCUCAGCAGCCAGGAGGGACAAGCAGCAACCCCACCAUGCCCAUGCCCAUGGGUCACUGGCUGAUUGGGCAAGGGCAGAGGCGGCAGCAGGAAGAAGCCCAGCUCCCACCCACCAGCAAUGGGAUAAAACCCUCAUGUUAAGGGCAAAGCAGCACUCCCUGGCCACAGGGGCACCUGGACACGAGGGAUUCCUGUUGGCUCUCUUUCUGCUUGAACAAGACCUUCAUCAGCUCCGUGAAGGCCUGCUCUGUGUAUCAGCCAUGAAGAUCCUGUUCCUGCUCUUCCCCUUCUUCCUCCUCUUUCUCCAGGGCGCUGAAGGAAAUUCUGUCCCCUGCGGAAUCAGAGGUGGAGUUUGUCGUCCAGGGGGUUGCCGCUUCCCUGAAAGACAUAAUGGGAGAUGUUCACUUAUCGUUCCUUGCUGCAGCAGGACAUGGUACUGAUGCCCUGAAUUCUGUGAGCAGGAUGUCCCCCUCGCUUUUUGCUCCUGGAAACAGCUCCUGACAUCCUUCCUACUUCCCACCUCUGCAGUCUCCCCAUGGAGUGCCCAUGGGAGUGGAAGCACUGCUCCUGCUGGGUGUGAGGGCACCCGUGUGCUGGAGACAUCGUGCCCCAGGCCUGCUGUUGUUUGCCCAGAAACUGCUUUUCCCCCAUUUGAAUAAAGGCGUGCAGUUUGGCAUUGCA